GUAGGUAUCAGCGUGGCUGCGAGUGAUUUCGGAUCAAUAUAUAUUAUCAUGUGGAAGACGGAGAAUCGGAUUAGUAGCUGGAGAUGUGAAGAUGAAGUUUAGUGGUACUAACCCUCAGAAUGGAGCCCAGCGGAGCGGAAACACAGAGCACAGCGAACAAAGUGUUCACGUUUAAAGACGAAGAGAGAAGCGGCGCGGAGUGUCUGUCCGUCGUCAUCCCGGAGGUCCUGGACGCGCACUACGGGAUGCACGUGUGGCCCUGCGCGGCGGUGCUGGCUCAGUACCUGUGGACCCGGAGGGAGGCGCUGAGGGGCCGGACGGUGCUGGAGCUGGGGGCCGGGGUGAGUCUCCCCGGGGUGCUGGCGGCGCGGUGCGGCGCCCAGGUGACGCUGUCCGACGGGAAGAACCCUCUGUGUCUGGAGAACUGCCGCCGCAGCUGCGAGGCCAACGGGCUGACGGUUACCGGGCCGACGACCACCGGGCUGACGGUUACCGGGCCGCCCCUGUCCGUGGGGCUGCUGGCCCUCACCUGGGGGGAGGUCUCACCUGAGCUGCUGCUGCUGCCCCAGCUGGACCUCAUCCUGGGAUCAGACGUGUUCUACGAGCCACAGGAUUUUGAAGACGUCCUCCUGACGGUGGCGUUCCUCCUGAGGAAGAACCCCCUGGCUCAGUUCUGGACCUCCUACCAGGAGAGGAGUGCUGAUUGGUCCAUCGAGGCGGCGCUGCGGCGCUGGGGGCUGAGCUGCCAGCUCGUCCCUCUGGAGGCGUUCGGGGCCGACGGGGCAGCGCUGGCCGGGUCCAGUCUGCCCGGCAACCACAGCGUGCUGCUGAUGGUCAUCGGCACCGGGCCGUAGUUGUUGUUGUUUACUUUAUGCAAGAAUAUGUAUAUUUAUAGAAACUAAUAAAAACAAGAGAGGC